AUGGCGAGCGCGAAUACCCCAGCACCCCCAGUGUAUCUAGUUAUCGAUCCCGAAGGCGACCUAACCAUCCAACUCAUGAAAGAAGAUAAUUCCACAGAUCGCAUCACCGGAGUAAAAACAACAACGGAAACUCUCCUGGCAACAUAUCUCGUUUCUCGAAACUUUCUCAAAGAAAGCUCCGAUGUCUGGCAACUCUCCAUACAAUGGCAUUUUGAAAGAUGCAGCGAGCCCAUCAUCAAUAUCCAAGAUGGAUCCAUCAAAAGCGUAGAACUCUGGUUCCGACUCCUUCAUGAUGCGAUGAUAGAUGAGAUGCACCAUCUUCCCAUCGAAGACAUCUGGCACGCUCUCCACAUAUGCGAGUACCGCGCUCUCGAUAUCGAACUGUUGAAAGCUUGGUUUCGCAUCUGGAUGGAAAAGAAAGAUUAUGAGAAAUUGGAUGAGGAUGAAAUGGAUCAAUUGAUGACUCCGUGUCUUCUGCUGGAUCUUGCGUUGGCUUUUGCGUGGAUCACUAGGAAAAAGGCGUAUGAGUCUGAAGGUCAUAUUCAUGAGGUUAAUCCGACCGAACACCAUUAUUUGCAUUUGCAUCAUAAUGUUCUGGGUUCAGUCAACGGCGCCCGUGGUUCUCUCCGCGGCAAGCUUCUCCGUGGUCUUUUUUCUCCUCUGGAGGACUUCGCCAAAACUCGCUGUGAAUGCAGUGCCAAAUCCCUAAAGUCCUACGUGACCUCGCUCACCAAGACGGGCAUCUGGCCUCUCGAUACUUGUUGGAAGAAAAGCGUGCAGUAUGUCAUUGAUAGUCCCGGCUUACAAAAAUUCUCUCCCAACAUCCCCGAGAAAUCUGGCGGGAAAUGCGUGGGGAUGUUGAAGGGUGGUUGUGCGGGAAUGGUGCGCAAUAAGGUGCAGAAUGAUUUUCAGGGCUUGUGUCUCGAUUGCAUGGAUGCGAGUAAGAUUACUACGAGGAUGGAUGAGGCGGAUGCGAGAAUGCAUGAUGAGGAUGAUGAUGAUGAUGAUGAUGAUGAUGAUGAUGAUGAUGAUGAUGAGGAUGCGAGUGGUAAUAGGAUGUCGAAGAGUGAUUGGGCGUGUUGGGAACAUGAUCGUAUGUGUGAUUGGAGUAUAGGGUGUAGGGUUAAGCAUGGGCAGCCUACGUGGUAUUUUAGCUAUAUGGGUAGGAGAUCGGAGAUGAAGAUGCAUCAGCAGAAGAUGAAGAGUGAGAAGAGGGAAAGGAAGGACUGA